AUGCCUCGAAAGCGCCGGCAGCAGCCAGGCACUCCUCCAGACCUGCCAGAGAUACCCCAAGGUGCCUACAAAAAAGCAUAUUACCCCCACCCGGAUACGGUUUAUUACUAUUUAGGUGAGGGUUUUUGGCGCCGGGGUACGAUAAGCAAUGAAACUCAGAGCACUAGUCUUCAUGUUGUUAUUGACGAGGAUCUCGGAUCAUCCUAUUCUGUCAGGGUUGAAUACAUCCGCAAGAGAGCUGACUGGGAUCAAUGA